CGGACUGCCGGGCUGCUGCGGUCGUCGCGGCCCGGCUCGACGCAGCCGGGCUCUUUGGCCCCGCGCAGCGGCCCGCUCUCCAGCACCUCCCGGUACGUGAUGGCCUCCUUCUUCUCCUUCACUUUCUGGUCAAAAGACUUGGAGACGAACGCCAAAUGGGACGCCGGUCUUCAGACACUGAAGAAGAAAGCAGAAGCAAGAGGAAAAAGAAACACAGGAGGCGGUCAUCUUCAAGCAGCUCUUCAGACAGCAGGACGUACAGCCGCAAGAAGGGUGGGAGGAGGCCAAGGUCGGAGUCACGAUCCUGGUCUAGAGACCGCCAGCCUCGCUCACAUUCUUAUGAGAGAAGACGCAGGCGCAGGUCAAGCAGCAGCUCUUCUUAUGGCUCCAGAAGAAAACGCAGUCGCAGUCGUUCCAGGGGCCGAGGGAAGUCCUAUAGAGUUCAGAGGUCUCGGUCAAAAAGCAGAACAAGAAGGUCCAGGUCAAGACCUCGUCCACGCUCACAUAGUAGAAGCAGUGAAAGAUCCAGUCACAGAAGAACUCGUAGUAGGUCCAGGGACAGAGACAGACGUAAAGUUCGGGACAAAGAGAAGAGAGAAAAGGAGAAGGAUAAAGGCAAAGACAAAGAGGCGCACACCAUCAAACGCGGGGAUUGUGGAAACAUCAAAGCUGGAUUAGAACAUCUGCCUCCAGCUGAGCAGGCCAAAGCCAGACUUCAAUUGGUCCUUGAAGCUGCUGCAAAAGCUGAUGAAGCAUUAAAAGCCAAAGAAAGGAAUGAGGAAGAAGCAAAGAGAAGAAAAGAAGAAGACCAAGCCACCCUGGGAGAACAAGUAAAAAGAGUAAAAGAAAUCGAAGCAAUUGAAAGUGAUUCUUUUGUUCAGCAGACAUUCAGAUCAAGUAAAGAUGUCAAAAAGUCGGUAGAGCCGAGUGAGGUGAAGCAUGUGACUCCAGCCUCAGGACCAGCAUCAGUAGCUGCUGACCCACCCAGCACUGGAAAGGAAAUAGACCCUGACAGCAUCCCCACGGCUAUCAAGUACCAAGAUGACAAUUCUCUAGCUCAUCCAAAUUUAUUUAUUGAAAAAGCUGAAGCUGAGGAAAAGUGGUUCAAGAGAUUGAUUGCUCUCCGACAAGAAAGAUUGAUGGGCAGUCCUGUGGCCUAAGCAGUAGACUUACGGUCGGAUUGACAGGAAGCUUGAAAACUUAGGUUUUAAAUACCAACAUUAACUUUUACUCUCAAAAAAUAGCUUAGCCAAUUACAUGAAAAAAGAAAACUCAUUUCUUCCCUCGUGUUCAACUAAAUAUUUGGUAACUUGAAUCAAACAUUGUGGAUAGUGAAUCUGUUAUAAACGUGCUGAGGCAUGAACAUAUUAUACUGUUAAUAAAGCAAAUAAUAAAAAUAACAGUGUUGAAAUAAAUGAAUAUUCAGUAGUGUUUCUCAUUACAAUUCUUACAAAGUCAUGUUUUUGACCCACUAUUGUAUAAUUGUAUAUACAAGAGCCAUAUUGUUUAGUUCUGCUGUGUGUUGUGAAACCCUUUUUGAACCCCUUAUCUCACCUUCCUUAAGGCUUUAGGUAUCAUAAAGUGUGCUCUGCAAAGUCUCCACAAUGGCCGUGUUGGACUUGAAGGCUGGGUGUUGUGUCCCGUGUGGUCUCAGUCCUUUAGUUGUCAUUAUUUGGAGGCUUAGGGGGGAGGAUCCCAGUUUCAGUCUGCACUGCACAUGUACCGGGACUACAUGGUGAGGCCUUGUCUAGAAAAAUGUUAAUUUAAUAAAGGAAUAGUUUUCGCUUAGAGAUCAAUUUAUAUUAAGUGUUCUUUUGAAACCUGUACCUAGACCCCAGUCCUUUCCAGUAGAAAUCACUUGCCCAGUAUAUUAGUCAUCAUUGCGCACUGCUGUGACAGGAGUCCUGGCCUAACUUUAGGGGAAAGGCUUAUUUUAUUUCGGCUUAUGCUUUAAGCAAUUUCAGGCCAUGCUCAGCUGGCUCCACUGCUUGUAGGCCUGUGGCAGGCAAAAACACAGCAAAGGCCAUAGCGUGUACUCUUCAGAGACAUACUCCAGCCACCUGCUUCUAGUCUGUCCCCUACCUGCUGGCAGCUCAUUCAGCUCUAAGCUCAUGGUUUAGUCCAUUCGUGAAGUAACAGGCCUCAUGCUCCAGUAACCCUCUCAAUAACACCACCAGCACAGGGCCAGGCUUUAAACACUGAGCCUUUUGGGAGACACUUCAUACCCAGACAUUAACACCAUGCUAGACGUAUGUGAAGGACCCAAUACUCAUGGUGGAAAAAGAAUUUCUGAGAAAUAAGAGCUCUGGCAGCGCUUGCUCAGGCAAUGUCUGUCCCCUCCUGAGGAAGCCACUGCCAUGUGUAGAAUGCCGUUCUCUAGUUGGCAAGCCAUGGACAUCUCCAUAGUCCACACCAAAUGUGCUAGAGAGAAGGGCUUGGGGCCUUGCUGUAUACAAUGGGAUUUCAACCCCUGGUACAAACACUUUUCCUCCCAUUUUUCUCUGCUUACUUUUACAUUGACUCUCUGAAGACUGGGGCUGAGGGCCCAGCCUUGGGAACUCUCUGGGAUGUGACACACAAGCCAUUUUCCAACCUUUUUACACUUUAGAGCUACUGAAGUUCUCUGUUAAGGAUAAAAACCGGACGAUCCUUACACUCAGUUUCAAAUGCUAUAAAGAAGGUCUGUUUUAAGAUGCUUGUUUUCAUGUAUACAUUUUCUUGAUCUUAGCAAAGACUGUUUUCCUUGGCUCUACAAAUAAACAUGGCCAGUAUGAAGGCAGGUCCAUGUAGUCGUUAAUGUAGAAAAACAGCUACACAGUAAUGAAUGAUUUCAGGAGGGAUUAUUCUCAAAUAUUUUGCUUUUUAAUUCCUUUUCUAAUUUGUAAAUGGUAAGUGUGUUCUUGUGCUAUUAGGAAGUAUAUGUCUAGGAAAGGAUAUGAGCUAUCAGUUGGCCAUGGGGAGUCUCCACUCUCCUUUCAUUGUACAGCAAUGGAGACUGUGAUCUACUUUGUAGUACACCUCCCUCCUGUGCUUCUAGUGACAGGUACAGCAACUACAGAGGCUUCCAUUGUAAUGAAUUUGCAUCUUAAAGAUAAAUCUUUUGUGGAAAAUAAAAAAAAAGUGAAGCUUUGCUUUGUCUUCCUUUGUUUUAAGCAAGCAAAUAAAUCUGGUCCUAAAGAA